AUGGGAUCAAAAUGUUCAAAUUGUGCUUAAUGUUAGAAAGAUAAAUUGGAAUAACUCAAUGAAGUCACCAUAACUAAGAAAUCUGAAAGCCAUAAAAAUGUUAUUUCUUCAAAUUCUUAAUUAUCUUAAUAAAAUAAUGCCCAUCUCCGUAAAUAAAAAUCAAAUUAAAGUCAUGAUGAUACUGAUAAGAAAGUUCGGGCAUUAUUACUUUCUAAAAAGGCUAUUGUCAUAUAAAAGUAUUGGAAGGGAUAUAAAUCCAGGAAAGCCUAUGAACAGGCAAGGAUGUAUUUAAAAAAGUCUUAAAUUGAGUAAGCAACUAUAGAAAGUAAAAGCAAAAGAAAUACGUAGAAAUAUUUUAUAUAAGAGGACAAGAAAAAAUUAAGUUUGAAUCUCAAAAAAGAGAAUUUCGACCAAAAUACGAAUUUAAGAGUGGGUCGACUUAUGAAGGAGAGUGGUUGGGUGAUUAAAGAGACGGUUAAGGAAUUUAAAUUUGGGUGGAUGGAGCCAAGUUCAUAGGUUAAUGGAAGAAUAAUCAAGCCUGUGGAUAAGGAACCUUUUACCAUAUCGACGGUGCUACUUAUGAAGGACAAUGGGAGAGUGAUAGAGCAAACGGAUUCGGAAUUUACAAACAGUCAAAUGGAGUUGUUUACUCAGGAUAAUGGAAAAAUGAUUAUCAACAUGGAUAAGGUCAGGAGAAAUGGAUUGAUAAUUCAAUGUAUUAGGGAGAAUAUUUCUAAGGCAAGAAAUAAGGAUAAGGAACGUAUAAGUGGCCAGAUGGAAGUUACUUCGAAGGAGAGUGGUUUGAUAAUAAGAUAAAUGGUUAUGGAGUUUAUGUUUGGGCUGAUGGAACGAUAGUACAAGGGAAUAUGGAAGGAUAAUAAGAUGCAUGGAUAUGGAGUAUAUUAAUGGACAGACGGACGAUCAUAUCAUGGUGAAUAUCUUAAUGACAAAAAACAUGGUAAAGGAAAGUACUUUUGGCCAGAUGGGAAAGUAUUUGAAGGAGAAUGGGUUGACGGGAAAUAGAAUGGAAGAGGGAAGUACUUAAUGCCAGAUGGAAGAGUUAAAUUUGGAUGGUGGGAGAAAGGCAAACGAAUAAAUCUUGACGGAAAAUUCGAAUGA